AUGGCGAGCAGUAUUUUCUCACUCCUACUGCUGUAUUUAUUGAGGCUUGUUACAGCUGAGCAGGAGACUAGACAUGUGUCUGGCGAUCUUUUCAACUCUCUCGAGGAGUUAUCUCGUUUAGUGGACAUAUCCUAUUGUGUUGGCACUACUGGAGUUCAACAGCCAUUUCAGUGCUUGAGUCACUGUGUCGAGUUUCCAGACUUUGAGCUGGUAGCUACCUGGAAUACCGGCGUUCUUCUCUCUGACUCGUGCGGAUAUGUUGCAAUCUCGCAUCCCCCCUCACCGAAACGUAUUAUUGUCGCAUUCAGGGGUACUUACUCAAUAACAAACACGAUUAUCGAUCUCUCUGCAUAUCCCCAAGCAUACGUCCCAUACCCUGGUGAUGACAGCAAGAUAAAUGAAACCCAAUCGCCCAGACCGUCAGGGCUACGUUGUGAAAACUGCACAGUUCAUGCUGGAUUUAUGACCUCGUGGCUUGAUACCCGGUCACUAAUCCUGCCACACGUUUCAGCCGCAAUGCAGAAAUACCCUGACUACGAAAUGACUUUGGUUGGCCACUCGCUCGGGGGAGCCGUGGCGGCACUAGCAGGUCUCGAGAUGCGCUUGAAGGGCUGGGACCCGCUAGUAACGACAUUCGGUGAGCCGAUGCUUGGAAAUGCAGACUUUGCACAGUUCUUUGAUGAAAUAUUUGACCUGCAACCCACAAACUCAAAUAAGAGUUUAUCUCAGGACGAAAAUCGGGUUCGUCGUAUCACUCAUGUUGAUGACCCGGUCCCUCUUCUCCCGUUACAAGAGUGGGGAUAUAGGCCCCAUGCAGGCGAGAUCUUCAUUUCGAAGCCCGAUCUUCCCCCGUCUCUUGAGGAUGUACACCUGUGCGUGGGCCAUUAUGACCCAAAGUGUAUUGCUGGGUCAGAAACGCCUGGUAUUCUGCGGGAAAUUUAUCACGACGUUAAAAUUCCCGUUGAGCUGCUCAUAUCCAGCGUGGAACCCUGUCAAAUUAAUACGAGGCAUCAUACUUCUGAAUCCAGUGAGCAGGUUGCCCUCGGGUCGUCGGAGGGCCAAAAUACUGCCCACUGUAAGAAAAAUCCUCCCAAGGACAGGCUAUUACCCCUGCAUUGGGACUGGUCCCUUAUACCGGCAAAAUAUCGACUCUGGGAAUUGUUUUAUGCCCAUCGUGACUAUUUCUGGAGAAUUGGUUUAUGCGUUCCUGGGGGUGACCCCACUGGUUGA